AUUUACGUACAGGGGAAAAAAAGGGAGGAGAAGCAAAAGGUCAAUGGGAAGCAGUUGGGUGAGGGGGUAAUAAUUUCAGGGAAGACAGAUCAGAGAAACUGGUGAUAGGGAGUUGUUGAUCUAAAAUCUGGGGUUUAAAACGUUUUUAAUAUAUAAUUUCAGUUUUUUUUUGGAUUUUAUUUUAUCUGAGGAAAGUGUAUUAUCAGUAUUUUUUGCAGGCAUGAUCAGUGCUUCUUAAGGAAUUUUACAGUGCUUCGCCUCGUGAUCUUUUCUUGUUCCUUUUUCCUCUCUUGCUGCUUUUAUUGCAAAGUGAUCGUGUUUAAGAGUGUUAUUAGCUGAGAAUCUUGGUGAAAGCUUCGAAAGGAUAUAUCUCCGGGAAUAAAGGAGUGAACUUUUGCACGCCCAUUUUGAGGAUUUUUUUCUUCUGAAAAAACAAAGGGAAAUGGGUAGUUUUGGGAGGAGUGGUGCAGUGAGGCAGUACAUAAGAUCGAAGGUUCCUCGUUUGAGAUGGACGCCCCAGCUCCACCAAUGUUUCGUUCAGGCCAUCGAGAGGCUGGGUGGACAUGGCAAAGCUACACCGAAACUCGUUCUUCAACUCAUGGAUGUGAAGGGACUCACCAUUUCUCAUGUGAAAAGCCAUCUUCAGAUGUAUAGGAGCAUGAGAAGUGAUGUUAGCAGACAAGAUAGGAGUUCACCCCAUCAAAGAACACAAUCUCCUGAGAAACAUGCUGGAUAUGUGGAUGCUUCAAAGCGGAUUGAAGAAUCAGAUUCUCAACCGAUAUACAGUCCUGAUCUUCCUUCAAAAAGGGCUAGAAUCGAGACGAAGAGUUCAAUCCGUGAUCAGAAUCUGAAAUGCAGACGGAAUCCGUACUAUGUUGAUGAUUAUGUGCAGCAGACAAUGGCUGUUGAUAAAGGAAUAAAGCAUGGUGAUGGUGCUUUCGUAUGGGAGCACGCUGAAGGUCAAUCCAUUGCCACAACCUUGUCUCUGACGCAUAAUCUUUACAAUAUCAUUCAUUGGAAGAAUCUCAUUUCCUCAAGGUUGAUGUAGAUGAUAACAAGUACAUAGACGGCAAACAUGUCGAUGAUGACCGGAAUGUUAGGAGAGAUGUGGGGAAAGACUACGGCGAAGGCGAUGGCUGUGAAUUAUCGUUGUCACUCUCGUUGCUCCAUCCUUCUUCUCAGAGUGAGAUCAGCGGUGGCAGCGAGGCGUUAUCGUUGGUCUCCGGCUCCGGCCCAUCUUCAUGCAACCUUAGUAGUAAG